AUGUCGGCCACUCAAAAGCAAAUUUCCCGCCAAAAGCGGCAAUGGAAAGCGGCAGUGGCCGAGGGGAAAGAGUUCAAACCGAAAGGCGCAUGGCUCUUCGACCCCGAGAAGGAAACGCAAGCCCUCAAGAAGGCAAAGGUUGUCCACGACCACGACUCGGGCCACCAGGAGGGAAAACAAACGGAGAAGGGCAAGGCCGCGGAGCAGGCGGAGAAGACGACGAGAAACCAGAAGGACGGGAAGGAGGCGCACCAACACGACGAGAGGGGCCACCACGGGGGGGAGAAGGACAAGAAGGAAACGACGGAGAAGAAGGACGAGGAGACGGGGAAGCAGCAGGGCGGGGAAGAGGAGACCCAGCAGAACGCGAAGGGCCACUACUCUUGGGAGAGGCAGGGUUGGCGGCCCCUGUGCCGAGACUUCAAAAGAGGUCGGUGUUCUUACGGCGCGCGCUGCCGCUUCUACCACAGCGGCGCCGAUGCGUCGGCAGGCAGCAGCACGGACAACGGGGGCGGCAGCCGUCCUGCGUGCUUCCACUACAAGGCUGGGUCUUGCUUGUACGGAGAGAAGUGUUGGUACAAGCACGAGGUGGGCGACGCGGGCCCUGCGGCCAAGGACAGCGGAGCAGUUUACGAGGACAGCGACAUCCCUAAACCAGGGGAUCUUAUUCAACAGACGCCCGACGAAGCAGCUCUCACGGCGUCAAUCGCCCAGUGGGCGGUCGAGACGGAGUGGGAAUUGCGGACGACGAGAUCCAACAAGGAGGUGUGGUUCUCCAUCGACUCCCACGAGUCGCUCUGGAACGAGCCCUCCGCGAACGAGAAGGCGAAGCUCGUGGAGAAGAGGCGCGACAUGCAGAAAACCGUCCGCAUUCGUGCCGCCGGCUUGGCGACCAAAGCGGCCGCGUUGUUGGCGAAGUGGGGCGUGCCCAUGGACGAGUUGGACAAGGUGUGA